AUGCCUGUACUUGCCUCCCAAACCUGCCCACUUCUGCCAUCCCUGCUGCUGACUCUGCUGCUGAGAUUCACAGGAGCUUCAGAUCAAGAGUUCCAGGUGACCCAGCCUGAGAGUUCAAUUUCAGUCAGAGCUGGAGAGAUCUUAACACUGGGCUGCAACGUGUCUGCUCACUCCCCAGCAGGGCCUGUCUUGUGGUUCAGGGAGAAUGGGCAAGAACGACGAUUAAUCUACAAUUUCAAUGGAAGCCAAUUUCCCCGAGUAACCCAAGUAGAAGACACAGAGUUCAACCAAACAGACUAUUCCAUCCGCAUCCAUAAUGUGUCACCCAAAGAUGUGGGCACCUAUUACUGUGUGAAGCUAACAAUAGGCCACCCUGACAUGUCGUAUGUAUCAGGUCCAGGCACCUAUGUGUCUGUGAAUGGAACCACACAUGAGAUAUUCCAGGUGCAACAAUCUGAGAUGACACAGACUGUAUCAAUUGGAGAGACAGUCACCUUGAGUUGCAGUGUACCAGAUUCAUUCCCAAAAGGACCUGUCUUAUGGUUCAAGGGAUCUGGGCCAAGCCGGGAAUUAAUCUACAAUUUCAAAGAAGGUCUCUUUCCCAGAGUAAAAGAAAUUGGACACAUCACCAAAGCUGGCAACACAGACUUUUCCAUCCGCAUCAGUGAUAUCUCUCUUGCCGAUGCCGGCACUUACUACUGCGUGAAGUUCAAAGAGGGGAAACCUGAUAGAGAGUUCCAGUCAGGUCCGGGCACUGAGGUGUUUGUGACUAUCCUGCCCUCUCUGCCUGUGGUAAUAGGCCCCUUGGAGAGGGCUCUAAUUGGGCAAACGAAUUUCAGCUGCAUGUCCUAUGGCUUCUUUCCCAAAGAUAUCACCCUGAAGUGGUUCAAAAAUGGGAAGGAAAUCUCAUCCCUCCAGACCCACAUUGUCCAGGUGAAGAACAGCAAUACCUACAAAAUCUCCAGUACUACUGAGGUGGUCCUCACUCUACAGGACUUCUACUCUUAUGUCACCUGCGAUGUGAAUCAUCUAAGCCUACAUUAUCCUCUUCAAAAGAAUGCUGAUUUGUCUGAGACUAUACUAGAUAGAUGA